UCGCAAGAGGCGCUCAGAUGAUCCCUUUUCGCGUCACACACGUCCAGAAAAGCCGUCCGCGGCUCGACAACACUUUGGAGGUCUUGAUUUCAUCUCUCAGACUUGGCCUCUAUGAACCCAAGAAUGGAUGCGUCCGCCCAGUAAAUCUGAAAUGCUUGUCAUUAGUCAAGACAAAUCGCGCAUCCUGGACAAGAACUCGGCGGACGAUCUGAGUGGUACUCGGACAUGAAGCACCGGAAUGUAGCCUUAGCUUUUCUCGUCCUCCUUGACCCUGAAGGCUGAGCGCAGACAUGGCGAGCGAUUGGAGCAUUCCGCGGAAGGCUUGGCAUUUGAUCUCCAGCAAAAGGCGGAAGAGGCCACACGUGGGAAGAUCCGCAACUCCCGUUGGUCGGGACGCUCCAUCCGCCAAGACCACAUUUGGACCCGCACUCGCAAAUGGCCACCACCCAUUCUUCGCCCAGACACCGCCGAGCCUGCCAAGCUGCAUGGCGUCGACGAAGCCUAGAACAACCGAGGAUUGAGUUUUCAACGGCGAAUGACAAGCCUCAAGAAGGGAACGUGCUCUCUCCCAAGUUUCUGUCCGCGGGAUGCCUCAGCGUUGCGUAUUCGGGCAUUUUCACGCUCCAGCGCCAUCGUCGGCUAUCGUCAUUUGAACCAUCCGGUUUCCAAUUGGCGUGACAAAUGGCUCAAUGCUGGGCGAGUGAAUUUUUGAUUCCGCCCACUGGGGCGGUCCGCUGGUGAAGCUUCCCCCUUGGAUAUGAUCGUAUCCGAGUGCAGUCUCCACGAAGAGUGAAUGGGAAAGAUGCACAAGAUACCGGUUUGCCACAAUGGCAGCCUCUCCUGUCAUUUGUGGGGUAUCGGCGACUCCAGAUGCCCCUCCGCAAGACUGCUGCGACUGGCUGGAUCUGCGGCUAAAAUCACUGCUGGACUAGCGCAACUCUGUCAACGCCACAGUCCCCUGGGGCACGCGACACCUCUGGCACUACUCCUCCAACCGGCCAAUCUCGCCCUUGUCGUCCCGCUCCGAACCUGGAUUUUGCUCCUGCGGCCACAGCGAGACAGUUCCGCACGUGGGGGGGUAACAGUCCACCCGCUGUACGUUUUCCUCCCGCCGCAGGACACAUAAAACCCUCCAUUUGCCCGCUUGAUAUUGUCUCUUUUCUUUCUCUCCCAGCCAGACAACUCCCCCAUCACUUUCAUCCUUCUCUCAUUGACCGUCAAGAUGGUCCUCUCCGACUACACUUAUGUGUUCGUCAUCGGCACAUUCUUUGCCAUGUUGGAUGCCUACAACAACGGUGCAAACGAUGUGGCCAAUGCAUGGGCUACUAGUGUCUCCUCCCGCUCGAUCAGCUAUCGCCAGGCCAUGAUCUUCGGCACGAUAUUCGAAAUGCUCGGAGCUAUCACCGUCGGUGCCCGCACAGCUGAUACAAUCAAGAAUGGAAUCAUCCCACACGAAGCCUUCCAGGGUAACGCAGGUGUGCAGAUGCUUGCCUUUACCUGUGCACUUGCUGCCGCUUCCUCCUGGGUCAUGUGGUGUACACGCCAUUCCGCACACGUUUCCUCUACAUACACUUUGAUUUCCGCCGUUGCUGGCGUUGGUGUGGCCACAGUCGGAGCGUCCCAGGUUCAGUGGGGUUGGAACGGCGGCCAGGGCCUGGGAGCCAUCUUCGCUGGUCUUGGAAUGGCACCCGCUAUUGCUGCUUGCUUUGGAGCGAUCAUCUUCAUGUUGAUCAAGCUCGUGGUCCACAUGCGCAAGAACCCGAUCCCGUGGGCUAUUUGGACCGCACCCUUCUUCUUCCUUGUCGCCGCGACCGUCUGCACACUUUCCAUCGUGUACAAGGGCUCCCCCAACCUUGGCCUGAAGAAGAAGCCCGCCUGGUAUAUUGCCGCGGUCACCAUGGGCACCGGCGGCGGCGUUUGUCUCCUCUCCGCGCUGUUCUUCGUCCCCUGGGCACACGCUAGGGUAAUCAAGCGCGACGGCUCGAUCAAAUGGUUCCACGUUUUCAUGGGCCCACUCCUCUGGAGCCGCCCCUACCCCGCUGAUGCCGACCGCGCCGUCGCCCUCGUCCCGGACUACGCCGUCGUCCAGCACGAUCCGGACCUCAACGAUAUUGGCUCCCCCGAUACCAUUGUCGCUUCUCCCACGAUGGAGGCUCUCCCCAAGGCUGCACAGGUCAACGAGAAAUCCGUCAGCGCCGCCGAAGCCCAAGUCGACUACAAGCUGCUCCUGGCGCAGGCGGAAGAGAAGUUCCACGCGAAGCUCCGCAAGGGCCGCGGCCCGCUUGCCUGGGCGAUGCGGACGUUGCACGAGAACCCGAUGCAGGCUGGUGAAAUCUACGAGAUCAAGAACAUAAAGAUCCUUCUCAAGCGCAUCCCCUGCAUGAUUGUCGUCGGCGCGCUCUAUGGUCUUCACUACGAUAUCCACGCCGCGCAGAGCGGUAUCCAUGGCACUCCUGAAGGUGACCGUAUGGAGCGGGUGUACUCGCACGCAAAGAAGUAUCCCAACGAGGUUGAACACACCUAUUCCUUCAUUCAGAUCCUUACUGCCUGCACUGCGUCCUUUGCGCACGGAGCGAACGACAUUGGUAACUCGGUUGGUCCCUGGGCUGUGCUCUACGGCGCGUGGAAGACUGGAAACGCAGCUGAGUCGGAAGCCGACGUCGCCGUGUGGCAGCUGGCUGUCCUCUCCGCGACCAUUUCCCUCGGUCUUAUCACCUACGGGUACAACAUCAUGAAAGUCAUGGGCAACAAAAUCACCUACCACUCCCCUAGCCGCGGCUGCUCAAUGGAAAUGGGCGCCGCAAUCACCGUCCUCAUCUUCUCGCAAUACAAACUACCCGUCUCUACCUCCAUGUGCAUUACGGGCGCGACGGUCGGUGUUGGACUGUGCAAUGGCACCUUCAAGGCUGUCAACUGGCAGCGUGUUGGACUCUUGGUUAUUGCGUGGAUCAUGACGAUUCCCAUUGCUGGAACCCUGGGUGGUGUCACCAUGGGGCUUGUUCUGAAUGCGCCGCAUUUCAGCUGAAGCGGUUUUGGUUGAUCGAGUUUCGAUGAGCAUGGACGGAUUGAUAAACUUUUUUCCUUGGUUCUUAUAGCGAUAGAUAGCGAUUCAUGGUCUUGAAUUCUAAUUUCCUUUCUUGAUUCAAGCCGGUCCUUG